AUGACUACCAAAAUCACUUUGGCCAAUAUCAAGCCAACCGAUUCCCUAAAAGAUCUUGGAUCUGCAACCAGCAUCACUGCCGCUUCCCCUCACCCACUUCCGCUGCUUCCCUCUCCCGUCGCCGCUCUCUUGAUGGUGGAUUCCCCCAUCGUCUUCGCCGGUCUCGUCUCCAUCUUCUCCAAACUUUCUAAUGCAAACUCGGAAGAUGACACGCACAUCCCGCCGGACAACAAGCUUUGA